AUGCCACGGAAGACACCAGAGUUGGAUCUGGACUUCAACAUUUUUGUCGACCCUUCUUGUCUGAGCGCACCAAUGGACGACGAAACCUUCGCCACCAUGCCGCCCUCGCCCGAGGAGGUGCAGGCCUCGGCCGUCGUUCCUGACACUCCAGACGAAUUGGGUGCCGCAGCUAUGGGAGAGGAUGCGGAGCAGACAGCCGAACAGGGGCCGGAAUCAGAGGGAGAAGUCACACCUCACGACGAAGCAUCAACCGAAGAACAGCCGGAGCCCGAGAUUACAGAGCAAGAAGACGUGCAGACAGCUGAGCCGCCUGUCGACGAGCCAUCAGCCCCCGAGGAUGAGGAGACAGAACGGGCGACAGCCACGGAGGAAUCCUCAGCGACCGCCGAGACCGAGACAGACGAGCCCGCACCCGAGCCGGAGCAAUUCGACGAGCCCGAGACAGCGACAUUCGAGACCGAACCAGUCGAGGAACCGGUCUCAGAAGAGUCUGUCCCAGAACCGGAAACACAGGUUAUGGACACAGAGCCGGCAGAAGAAACUGUGGCCGGCGAGUUUAUCCCCGAGCCAGUAGAGGAGGAGGAAACAGAACACCAAGUGGAGCAGGCGCCGCCACAAGAGGAGGUACCAGAACCGCGAGACGAAGACGAGACCGCCGCUUCGGCCGAGGCAACCGACGAAUUAGAAGAAACCAACGACACUUCGGCUUAUGAUAUCGAGGCUCCUUCGGAGAUUCCGCAGGAGAACGACCAAAACCUCCCCGUUGAGGAUGUCGACACCUCCAUCAUAGAAUCGGACAUGGACGAAGAGGAACGCGGUCGCCAGUCAGACCUCGGCGACAGGAAAACUUCACUCCGCACCGAAGCCCUCAUCCAGGCCGCCGCCCGCGCCGUGGUCGCCAAAAUCGAGAAGCGCAAGAGCGGCGACAUACCGCAGGAGGAAGAUGAAGUCGACAACUCACUCGUCAGCACCGACUCACGCGACACCUACGUGUUAGGAGACGAUGCACGGAGCACGACAAACGCCGACUCACCCAGCCGGCGGCAAUCCUCCGAGUCUCAUGCCCGCCACAUGGCGUCCCGCUCCAUCUCGAGCGAUGACGCCGGCGACAGCAGCUCGCAUAACGAGCGUGACGAUGACGUCUUUAGCGACCGCAGCGCGCGGAGCUCCCUUUAUUCGCUUGAUCAGCACGACAGCACGGAUAUCCCGAGCAUAAAGACCCCGCAAGCCAAAGAAAGUGUUUCACGGCGCGAUUCCUACGCAUCCAGCCAGUUGCACGAACACUCCUCCGCGCGCACCGCAUCCAACUUCUCCGCCAUCUCCGGUCUCUCCCAGUACGACGACCCCAAACUCACCUUCGUUCCCACCCACCGCGAGACACGCAUGCCAUUCCGCACCCCAUCCGAGAUCCGCGCCAUGCACAUGACGUCCCCCACACCAUCCGUCUUCAACGGCAGCUCGCCGUCGCGGUCAUCAGCACACAAGCACCAUCACCACCACCAAAGCCCUCGCAACAGCGGCGGCCCUCCCUCCUCCAUCUCCCGCCUCGGCAGCCCCACCGUGUCCGCCCAGUACUCCCCCAAGGGCCGCUCCACCCCGCCGCGCUUCAAGUCCGCGCGCAAGGAGGCGCCCCUCGUCCUGCUGCACGUCACCCUGCUGCCCCUGCGCUGGGUCUGGGGCGACGUGCUCAACACGCUCGACUCGGUCCUGCAGCCGGCCGCCGCCAAGGACGGCCCCGCCAUGGCCGCCGCCGCAUCCUCGCCCUUGUUCGAGCCGAGCGACCCGCUCAAGACGCUGCGCGACGCCUGGCGCGAGCUGCAGGAUCGUGUUGGUGAUACUGUCCUCGAGAGGGGUAUCCUGCUGCCGCACCCGCAGAACGAUUAUGAGGUGCUUGAGGAGCGCUUGCUUGAGGCCUUGGAGCUGCCACUGAGGCGCCGCGCGCGGAUUCUCGAGUGUGGCCAUUAUGUGGGCCCGGCGAACGUGCCUGAGGAUGGGGACAGUGAUGACGAGGGGGCGGACGGGGCGGAGGGGAAGACGCACUGGUGUGGUACGUGCUGUGGGGAGAUUAGGUGUGAGGACCUUGGCGUGGGGAGGGUGUUCCGCAUCAAGGUGUACGCGAGUAACGGGCUGAUGAGGGCCGGUGCGUGGGAAGCCUGCUGGAAGGAGAUGGAGCGCGUGGAUGUCGAGGUCGAGCCGAUUGUGGACCUGGCCGUGCAGAGCGAGCUGGAGAAGCUGGCUGUGCUGCAGAUGGAGCUGGACGAGCAGCGGCGCCGGGAGCUGGAUCUGGAGCGGAUGCCCGAGCCGGAGCCCGAGCGCAAGUCAGACCCAGACGCGCGCGGAGCCAGCCGGCAGCAGGGUGACCUCGCGGGCGAGACGGACAUGGACGCCCAGCGGAGCAUGAUGUCCUCCCCGGCGCCCUCGGCCCUGCAGCUCGCCAUGCGCGCCGCCACCCCCCAGCCCUCGGCCUCCAACACACUCGUCCGCGCCGCCACCCCAAGCACCUACGGCGUCGACGCCUCCGAGGAGCGCCGUCUCCGUGACGAGGAACGCAUGCGCGAGAUCUACGGCGACACACCGCCCCCCCCGCCACAACAACCAGCCGACCAACAAAAACACCAGCAUCAACAACAACAACCACAACAACAUCAUUACCCACCCCCUCCACAACAACAACCCCAACAACAACAACCCCAACAACAACAACAACAACAUGCCUUCCCCCCUCCCCUCCCCCUCCUCACCGACGGCUCCUCCUCCUCCUCUCACCACCACCAGCACCACCAAGACCCCUACCGCCGCCCCCCCGUCGUCCUCGACGAGAACGCCGGCUUUGUCGACCUGCUGACCCAGGCCUUCAAGGUCCUGCUGCGGGAUCCGAAGAAUGUGGCCAUUAUCCUGCUGUGUGUGUUUUUGGCGGUGGUGGUUAAGCGGCCUGGUGUUGGGGAGGGGGUGGGGGAGGUGCAGGUUGUUCCGCCGCAGGUGGUGCAGGUGCAGGUGCCUGUGGCUGGGGCUGGGAUGGGGGAGGGGUAUGGGAGGUUUGAGGGGGGGAAGGGGGAGGCGGUUGAGGUAGUUGCGGCGGUUGAGGCUAUUGGUGGUGGUGGCGCUGGGGAGAGGGAGAGGGAGGUGGAGGCGGGGUUGGCCAGCUCGCGGAUGCCGGAGGUUGCGGGGUUGGAGGGGGUUGCAGCGGCUGGGGCUGCGGCUGAGCCGGAGAAGGAUGUUGUGGAGACCGUGGAGGAGGUCCAGCAGCAGCAGCCGGCUGUUGUGGAGGAGGUUCCGGUUGUGGUGGAAGAGGAGGUUAAGGAGCAGGUGGUGCUGAAGAGUUCGGAAGCGGAUGCCCAGAAGGUCGCGGAACACGAGGUCCAGCACAUUCCUCGCUUCGAGCUCCCGGCCGAUAUGUGCCCGCCACGCGGACCAGAGUACCCUAUCACCAUGGCGGACGAGACCCCGGCGGAGGAACAGAUCAUUCCGGAAGCCGCCACCGACGCGGCCGCAACCGAGCAAGAACAGCCCGCGGGCGCGUGCGGUCCCAACAGCUCCGACUCGGACACCGAGGAAGAGGAGGAGUCCGUUGCAGCGGCAGCGCCGACGUCGACGUUCCUACCCGGGCCGCUGGUGACGGAGCGCACGACGGUGCGCGUGUUCGAGACGGUGACGCAGACGGUGCGCGUCAGCGUCGUCACGCAAACCGAGACCGUCUCCACCGUCGUCACCGCCGUCCCGCAGACGGUCGAGGAGACCGUCUACGAGACCGAGACCGUCCGCAUCACGGUCUCGGUGCCGGUCGAUGAGCAACAGCAACAACAGCAGCAGCAGAAGAAGGUCAAGGCGAAGCCGGCUAAGGGGUGUCAGGAGAAGGGUGGUGGUUGGUUUUAA